GGAACAGACUUACCACGGAGAUAGAGAGAGAGAGAGAGAAAGAGAGAGAGGGAGGGAGGCAAACAGAGAGAGAGCGAGUGCGAGACGGAGAGACACGGCCAUCCAGUGCUUCACCGCGGCCGUGGCAGGCAUGGCGUCGGAGGCCGGCACCCAGACCAGGGUGAUGUUCCAGACCAAAGAGGAAGAGCCCCCUCACCGUAAACUGGGAAAGCUGACGGUCAAAUACAACCGCAAGGACCUGCAGCGCAGGCUGGACAUUGAGGAGUGGAUUGACGGCCAGCUGCACCUGCUGUUCGACUGUGAGGAAGAGGAGAUUCCUGAACUGGAAAUCGACAUUGAUGAGCUCCUCGAGCUUCCUGAUGCAGAGCAGAGAUCACGGCUACAGGACUUACUACAGGAAUGUGGCAAGCCAAAAGAGGACUUCAUCAACGGCCUGCUUUACCGAAUGAAGGGCCUCCGCAAGAUGUCUGGACCCUUGAAGAAAUGAGGAUUAGGUCAAUAUCCAAAUGUAGUUUAACACCCCCAGCUCCCUUGCUCUUUUCCUCGCUCAACACACACACACACACACACACACACACACACACACACACACACACACACACACACACACACAUAGUAACCUGUAUCUAGAAACCCUGUAAUGUGGAACAUAAAAAGUACAUGUCCCUCUUCCCUAUGCUCUGUGGGUCAAUAAUGGUCUCUGCUAACGACAGAUUCCAGGAAUGGUUUUAUUAUUUAAGGACAUGUUGAACAGAAUCACGUCUCUCUGGCAGACGUCAGUAUCGUUGGGAAUGGGAAAUGUCUAUUAUUCUAAAUGUAUGAUUUUUUUUCAGUGACCUGUGAAUGACGACAAAUUUUUGGUUGCCUAUUUAUAUAUUUUUUUGUUCUGACCAGUGUUGUAUGUCAAUAUAAUAACAAUAAAAAAGAAACAUUUUCAGGAUGUAGAUGUUUAACC